AUGUUUGGCAAAUGGAAAUCUCACCUGAAAGGUAUUUGCCUGCUGUGCCUUCUUCUGCACAGUGACUUCGUCUGCCUUUUAAAGAAUGGGAUCAUCUUCUUCUUGUGUGCCUAUGUACCAAAGACAGAGGCAGGACAUUGCAAGUGGGCAGAAGUUCUGAAGGAUUUGGAGAAGAUCAAGACAUCUGAUGAUAUCGAUGUCAGCUUGUAUACUGCCAACACAGAUGAGGAUGAAGAAUGCCAAGAACCUGUAAUGAGAUGUUUUUUCCUGGAGACAUAUGUGAUUCUUGAAGAAUGUCGUCUCAAAAACUGUAGUAAAACACAGGAUGUAUCUAACAUAUGUAAAAAUGGAAAUGCAAGCUUGGGAAAUAGGAAGGUGAGUAACACUAACA